AUGGCUGCGCCGUCGCCGUUGUCUCCGUUUGCUCUCCGGCUUCCGACCCAGACCGGCGGUUUCGGUGACGAGGUCCCGGUUUUUUCUGCCACGUCGUCAUCUCCGUUGACUACCGGCGUCUCUAUCCCGACGGCCGUUUUGAAGAGGAAGCGGCCGGCGAGGAUUGAUAUUCCGAUGCCUUGUUUGAACUUUGAGCCGAGUGUUGAGACUCCCGGCGGCGAUAGAGUGGAUGAGGUGGAGGAUGAAGGAGAAGGGUAUGCAGUGUAUUGCAAGAGAGGCAAAAAGGGUGCCAUGGAGGAUCGUCACUCCGCCGCCGUAUAUCUCCAAGAAGGUUCUAAACAGGGCAUUUUUGGGGUAUUUGACGGGCAUGGAGGAGCAAAAGCUGCGGAAUUUGCAGCAAGAAACUUGGGGAAGAAUAUUAUGCAUGAGGUGGUGGCAUUAAGCAGCAAAGACGGCGGCGGCGUUGAAGCGGCAGUCAGGGAGGGUUACCUCACCACAGACGAAGAGUUUGUGAAGCAAAAUGUGAAGGGCGGCGCGUGCUGUGUAACGGCAUUGAUUCACGAAGGCAAUCUUGUGGUCUCAAAUGCCGGCGAUUGCCGCGCCGUCAUGAGCCGGGGAGGAGUUGCGGAGGCGCUCACGGUUGACCACCGCCCUUCUAGAGAAGACGAAAGAGAAAGAAUCGAGUCCCUGGGUGGCUAUGUAAGUUGUUGCCGAGAUGUUUGGAGAAUUCAAGGAUGUCUGGCCGUGUCUAGAGGAAUCGGAGACUCCCAUUUGAAGAAAUGGGUAAUAGCAGAACCAGAGACAACAAUGUUGUCUAUUGAACCCGGAUGCGAAUUCUUAAUCCUGGCUUCUGAUGGGAUCUGGGAAAAGAUUACAAACCAAGAAGCGGUGGAUACAGUUCGUAGUCUGUGCGUGGGCGUUGAUGACCCAAAACCAUUUUGUGCUUGCAAAGAGCUUGUUGACUUGGCAGUAACCAGAGGCUCCAUUGAUGAUAUGAGUGCAAUGGUGAUUCUACUUGAUCGUUUCUUUUAAUUGCAUGAAUCUUGAAACUGUGCAUGGAAGUUGAUGCAAUGAAGGGGAUGUUAAACUUGUUAACUGACAGGCCAACUAACUGCAACGGUGAAAGUUGUAUCGAAC